GCGCCCAUACCUAAAUGCGCCAGUUGGUGGCGUAGUUGUGUUUCCUGGGUACCUCGCAAGCUUCAGUGACUGACAGCCGUGCAGAACUGGUGCGUGUGAAACAGUUACUUUCUGCAGCUGUCUGAGAUUGUCGGAUGACAUUAACAGUAGUACAUCUCAUUUUUUCGUGAUGACUAUGUCUUCUUGUGUUCAAUGUCCCGGCUGUCAAUAUGCUACCGUUUCUGAUCUGGAUCCAGAUUUUAUCAAUAAACGCUGUACAGUUAUGCGCCCGGCCGGGGGAAAAAGUUGAAAUCCCUUGUCGAAAUGAAAGAAAACUCUCGAAAGUGAAAUGGAGUUAUUAUAGAAACGGCGCGAAAUCCUUUUUAAUCUCCAGUGGUACAGAUGGAGUGAGGAACUACAACGCAAACUUACAAACCCAAGUCAGAAUUUCACACGACAAUUCACUUGUUAUUGAGAGUAUGACAGGAGAGAUUGAGGGAAAUUACUCCUGUGAACUGUGUAGAAAAGACGAUCUUUGCGAAGUAACAAACGCUUCCCUGUUACUGUUAAAAGGUAAGACGUAUAUGGAGAUUAAACCAAUGUCAGCUGACUACAUGUUGAUCAGAUUUCACCCUUUUACCUUGAAUUACUGUAGAGACAUAUCUGGGGAACAAAACGAAGGCGAUCGCCGCGCCGGGCAGUGUUUUUACUCAUUCUUGUCCAACCGAAGAGGCAGAUAAGAUGGACAGUCCAGCCAAUGUGAAGUGGACGUCUGAAUCAAUUGGAAAACCGGUCAUAACUUUCACCCUCCAUGGUCGGUCUGCUACGGAAAAGCCGAAAGACCACAAGAUGCUGCCAAACGGAUCUAUUUAUUUGUCUGGUGUUGACAGCAGUGAUGCAGGGAACUACAGGUGCUGGGUACAGAAACGUCCGUGUCACUGGAUCAACCUGCUAACCGUUAACUUGUACGUUCAGUCAGGAAGCCCCGUGGAUAAUGUGAACCAUGGGGGUUUGGGCCAAACUACUGAAUCUUGGAACCAAACUGGCCAUGAGUCGCAAGACAAAAAAGACUCCAGCCAUAAAAUGGCGGUGGUGUUUGGCACUUUGGUCACCUCUCUGCUUGCACUGCUACUUCUCUGCAUGGUUCUCCACUGCAGAUAUAGAAGAUCUUCAGAGAUUACCACACCUAAUGAGCAACUAAAUCUAGAGCCUAACUACAGAAGCACAGAAAGCUCCAGACUAGAGAUGAAUGAAACUGAAUAUCAUGUCUAUUCUGUGGUGAACGUAACAAAACCAGAACAGAACUGUGUCAUCGAAAGCCAGGACACUUGCGUUUAUAGUUUAAUCAAGAUCCCAUCAGCAUGCACUUCUGGAAAUGAGGGUUGAGAGUGGCUUUCGGUAAAGGCGCAAACUCACAAAGCCAUCAGACACGGGCCCUGUUUGGAUGAGGACCUGCCAUUCUUUUUCUUCCCUGAGUUCCAUGUAAACCAUGAUCAACAUGAGAUAUGAACUGUGGAAGUUAACAGAUAGAAUGGUAAACAUCAGAAAAGAUAAUUCCUUUUUUAUAGAUGUUAAAAUACAGAUUGCAAAUAUAAGUUUGGUUUGUGGUGAACUACAAUUAAGAUAACAAUUAUUUUUAAAGUUGGAAAAUAUUAACUUUUAUUAAGCUUUAAUGGAAGACCAUACUUAGAGCUGGAUAAAGACGGCAAUACUGUGCACCCAUUGUAAUAUGCACCCAUUGUAACGUGCACCCAUUGUAGCUAUUAAAGUCACCACAUACAGAGGUGACAGUGAAAUGUCAUAAACAUUGCAGUGGUUGUUUUUAGCAUUACUGUUGACUCUCAUGAGCUUCUAUUGUAUAUUUUGCAGAUGCAGAUGUGUUUUGGUGUUAAUUACCUGCAUUUUAGGUGAACUUAACGCGCUACUCAUUUGUACUUUGUAUGGAGGGAAUCCAGCAAAUAAAUAA